UAAAUAAAUAAUAAUUAUCAGUAAAUUGGAAAUGAUUUAUACACUUUAUAUUAAUAAUGACGUUUAUUCAAGCAAUGACUUGGUUAGUCUCGCUGACCAUCGUUUGCUUGGCAGUGCAGUGCGGCACUGUUGCAGUGCAGUAUCCGGAAGAUGUGUACAGCAGCUUGGCUUUUGUUUUCGAUACGACGGGUUCCAUGGAAAAUGACUACAUACAGUUGAAAUCACACGCGGAGAGCAUCAUGACUUACGUACUGGCAAGGAACAACACUGAUAUCAAGCAUUUCGUUUUCGUACCGUUUAACGACCCAGAUGUAGGACCUGUGACAGAAACUUUUGACCCAAAGAUAAUUAUGUACAAACUGAAUCAAGURCUGAUACGCGGAGGUGGAGAUUGUCCGGAAAUGGGCAUAACGGCAGUGAUACAAGCAUUAAAAGUUGUGAAGCCCAAUUCGUAUAUAUACGUAUUUACUGAUGCACCACCUAAAGAUUCGCAUUUAGUUUACGACGCCCUCGAGUUAAUCCAAAGAAAACAAUCUCAAGUGGUCGUUUUAAGAACAAUGCACGACUGCAUAUCAUCGGAUAAGAGCUACGAAAAUAUAGCAUCAUUGGGAUCAGGUAAUGUGUUUAAUGUCAACAAGGAAGAUGUAUCAAAAGUUCUGCAAUUUGUCAAGACAUCAAUGGACAUAAACAGAGUAAAUUUGAUGUCUAUCAAUAUCCCACAAAAACAAUUGGUACCACUCCCGAAAAGACUGAAUAUCGACGAAAGCAUUAAGAGUCUACAGGUCUCCGUCUCGGGACUGAAUUCUAACAUUGGCAUGGUAAGUCCCGUAGGUGAGGAAAUGGAUGAAGCACAUGGGUUGAUCACUGAUUUAGACUUGAAAAAUGUAAAAAUCGUCAACAUUCUGGAACCCAUACCCGGCGAAUGGACUUUGUACAUUACUAGUGAAUCUGCACAUACGAUUCGUGCUUGCGGAAUCAGCACAAAGAAUUUUGAUUUCGGAUUUGCUAUUGCAAAACCAAAAAAUAUGACGCAAACUAGCCACAGACCACUCAAAGGUGCCAAAAACUAUAUAUUAGUAGACUGUCCAGACGUUAAGAAAUUUGUAUCUUGUAAAAUUCAAGAUUUAAGCAGUGACGGUAAAACAGAGGCAUUGCCAAUGUUAGAGUUUAGAAAAAAUUCGUUGUUAUGUGGUCCAUUUAUACCCAAUGAUAAUCCGUUUUACGUUCAGGUAUUUGGUAUGAACAAUAAUGGUAACUAUUUCAGGCGCAUUUCUAAAACAAGCAUUAUUCCAAAUGAACCUGAUGCACCUUACAUAACUACAACGAAAAAGUCGAUUGGAAUAGUUGGCGGUGAAUUGCGUAUCAAUUGUCAUGUCGAAUCAUUGGUUCCAUUUACAGUUACCUGGGAGUCACUAAAUUACCCUCAACAAACUUGGAACUUUAGCCAGAGUUCAGAAAUUGAAUUAGUCGUACGCAACGUAACAUUCCAACAUGAUGGUAUUUUUACAUGUGGUGCACGAAAUAUUGCUGGCUAUUCCGAAUCAACAACUAACGUCACCAUAAUAUCGAAGCCGACGAUUGCCGAGGGAAACGAUAAUGUAACUGUAAUAUUACCAGAAGGUGGAGAUUAUUCGAUGACAUGCACGGGUCUCGGAGUACCCUCCCCCAAAAUGAUUUGGUUUAUGAAUGGUUCUCCCAUUUCUCAUUACAACGACCAUAUUUUAGUCAUAAACGACAUCCUGAGAUUGAUUAUUUACGAUGCUUCGUUGAGUGAUUCAAACGUGUACACCUGCAGAGCUUCAAACGAGGCCGGGGCGAUCGAGAAAAGCUAUAAUAUCAUUGUUAAAGUUGAAACGCCYAUGUCGAUGAUAGCAAAUGAAUCUUUGAUCAUAAAUGAACUCGAUGAUGUUCUUAUGAAUUGCCCAUUAAUAAACAUGAACCAUAAAUGGUUAAAGGACAGUGUCAAUAUCAAUGACUUAGUUUACAAAAGAGCAGAUGAACAACAUUUCAAACAAAUAAACCGUACGUUAAAAAUCUAUGAACUGGACGAAUUAGACGGUGGUGUAUACACGUGUAUGAGUUCUAAUGAAACAUAUACAUUUCACUUACAAGUUGCGUUCGCUCCUUAUUUCAUAAAAUAUCAGCCCGAGACAAUGAUGAUCGGGAGAAACGAAACGGUCGUAUUUGACUGCAAAGCAAAAGGAUUUCCAAAACCAAAAAGAUUAGGAAUAAGAGAAGGAGAAAUCGAAGUGUACAAGCUAGCUAAGAGUAGAGAAAAACAAACCAGAGAUGUACUAAAAUAUGUAAGGUACACAAGAUAUGAAGAUAAAAAGGUGUUAACAAAUGACAAAAAGAUAAUGAAUCAAUGA